AUGGGGAAGAAAGGCGACCGCCGCGCGAGGGCGCCCGCGACGGACGGCGGCGAGACGUCCGAGGCGUCCGCGGAGCCGGAGCCGGAGCCUCCCGCGGGGAUGGGCGCGUUCGAGCGCGAGUACGAGGCGAGAUUAGGCGACGGGGAUGCGGAGGAGCAGAAGCGGCAGCGUUCGGAGACGACGACGACGACGACGACGACGACGACGCGGCCCGCGUCGGACGACGCGCGCGCGGACGACGCCGAGGUGCAUACCGGCGGCGUCAUCCUCAGGCUGAACGCGAAGCUCAAGGCGGCGAACGCGGAGCGCGACGCGAUGAAGAGGGCGCACGACGCGAUGGCGAGAGACCUCGAGGCGCGUCGCGUCGAUCCUUCCGCCGCCCGCGCAGCCGGGCGCCAUUUAACAACGAAUCGAGCUCACUCGCUCACUCGUCCACAUCCCUCCCUCUCUCCUUCCUCCCCCGUCCACCACCGCGCAACGCAGGCGGCGGGAAACGAGAUCGAGCGCCUGACGCGCGAGCUGUCGACCGCCAAACGCGCGCCGCCGCCCUCGCCGUCGCCGCUCGAGCGUCGCGCGAGGGAGGCGGAUGCCUCCGCGGCGGCGGCGAAGGCGGCGGCGGCGGAGGCGCGCGCCGCGCUCGCGCGCGCGCAGAUAUCGACCCGAGCGAUGAAGGACGACCUCGACGCCGCGACGCGCGAUCGCGCCGCGGCCGAGCGCGUCGCGGCGGCGGCGAAAGACGAGCUCGCGGUCGCGGCGAAAGACCUCGCGCGGCUGCGCCUCGCGCUCGCCGCGCGAGGCAACGUCGAGGCGAAAGGCGCGUUCUAUUACCACACCGAGUCCCUCGCUUUCAAUCCCGACACACCUCGACGCCUUUCGACUCCGCUUCUGACGCCUUUCAACUCCGCCCCGACGUUCUCGCUCGUACGGACCGACCCGAAAGCCGCCGCGGUGAUGGACGACGCCGCGAAGAGGCUCGCCGCGGCGGAGCACCGCGCGAUCGCGAAGGGCGACGAAAUAGCGGCGAGCGUCGCGCGCGAGGCGCUGAGCGCGGCGAGCGAGAGCCGAGACGCGAUCGCGAAGGACAUCGCGCCCGCGGAGGAGACGUUGGCGCGCGUGAGAAGAGACUUUUCAGACGCCAAGGCUAAGUGGGACGCGGAACGCGUCGCGACGACGGGAGCGCUGGAGAAGGCGCAGAAAGAGCACAGCGCGCGAAUCCUCGAGCUCGAGAAGACGUGGCAGAUGCGGCUGACCGAGGAGGUCCAGCGAGCGACGCGGACGGCGAACGAGCGCGCGCGCGUGAGUGCGACGGACGCCGCGACGAGCGCCGCGAAAGCCGCCGGGUACGACGCGGUGAAGAGCGAACGCGACGAGCUCUUGAGAGGGAUGACGCCGCUGGAGAUGGCGGCCAGGGACGUCGCGCGCGUGAACGCGAAGCUCACGCAGAAGCUCGUGGACGUGCGGUACCUCGCGGCGUCGCUGACGUACGACCGCGAGGAGGAGGAGGAAGAGGAGGCCGACGCGCGCCGCAGGAAUAGCGUCAAUAGCGUCGCGUCGCCGCCGCCGCCGUCGACGACGACGACGCGUCGGAUCUCCGCGUCGUCCGCGCUGGGGAUGGACGACACGCACGCGCGGAGCGUCGUGAAGUCGACGUCGAGCGGGUACAUGACGACGACCGUCGUCGCGAAGAAGAAGAUCGCGACGGCGCCGCCGCCGGCGCUUCGUCGUCGCGCGCCGACGCCGACGCCGACGCUCGCGCGCCCCCGACUCGCGUCCGCGUCCGCGGACCGCCCGCGCGUGGGCUCCGCCGCGAGCUGGGGCGCCGGUCCGUCGACGACGCCGCCCGCGGCGACGUCGAGCCGCCGCGGCGACGUCAAGCCCGGCGUCGGGCUGUCGAAGCGCGCGCCCGUUCGCGUCGCGUCGCUCGCGCCGCCGUCGGCGUCGUCGCGGCGUCGCCAGCCGCCGCCGCCCUCCGCGGGCGACGACGGCCUCCGUCGCGCGCGCUUCAACCGCAAGCCCGGCAUCCCGAGCACGAGUACCCGGGGCGGGAUGGGCACGAGCGUGAGCGCGACGGGCGGGGGGUUCGAGUACGCGUCCGCGAAGACGUACGGCGCGUCGCCGGGGGCGCAGGUGAAAUCCGUCUACGGAUCCGGAUCCGCGGCGGGGCCGCGCCGGGCCGACCUCGCGCGCUUCGACGCGCUCGAGCUCGACGGCGACACCCCGCCGCGCGCGCCCGCGGAGAAGAACAUCGUCCCGAACAUCCGCCCGCCGCCUGAGGUGGAUCCCGGGCCCGGGGGGGGGGACCCGGGGAUGCGACGACUGGACGCGAGUCUGAGGGGCGAGUUCGACGCGUUGCGCGCGGAGUACGGCGACUUGCUGAGAAAGGCGACGAGCGGCGGGGCGGGCGUCGGGGACCUCGCGCGGAGUUUAGAGGACGUCAUCGCGCGGCUCGAGGAGAAGUCCGCGCAGAUCGCGGGGUUGCAGCGCAUACGAUGA